AUGGCUAACUACUACCAAGUGCUGGGCGUGCAGGCCGGCGCCUCCCCGGAGGACAUCAAGAAGGCCUACCGCAGGCUGGCCCUGCGCUGGCACCCCGACAAGAACCCCGACAACAAGGAGGAGGCCGAGAAGAGGUUCAAGCAGGUGUCCGAGGCCUACGAGGUCCUGUCCGACUCCAAGAAGCGCUCGCUGUACGACCGCGCGGGCUGCGGCAGCUGGCGGGCCGGCGGCCCCUGCAGCAGCCCCUUCCACAGCGGCUACACCUUCCGCAACCCCGAGGACAUCUUCCGCGAGUUCUUCGGGGGCCUCGACCCCUUCUCCUUUGACUCCUGGGACACCCCGUUGGGCAGCGAGCGCGCAGGUUGGGGCCCCGGGCUGCGCGGGGCCUUCGCGGCCGGCUUCGGCGAGUUCCCGGCCUUCGUGGAGGCCUUCUCGGCCCUCGACACCCUGCGCCGCGGCGCCACCCGCGCCGCCUUCUCGUCCGCGGCCUUUGCCGGCGCCGGCGCGGGCAGCUCGGGCUUCAAGGCGGUGACGUCGUCCACCGAGGUGGUCAACGGACACCAGGUCACCACCAAGCGCGUCGUGGAGAACGGGCGGGAGCGCGUGGAGGUGGAGGAGGACGGGCAGCUCAGGUCGGUGACCAUCGACGGCAAGGAGCAGCUCACACGGGGCGACAGCAUAGCCCGGCCACACCGGCCUCCCCUCCGUGCCCCCGGCACCAAGUGCCCCUUGGCCUCCGGGCCUUUGCACAGCCGUGCCCCCGGGGAGGCGGGGCCUGCGCCCCCCUCGAGCCUUGCUGUGGCCCCAGCGUCCAGAGCAGUGCCCGGCAGCAAGGGGCAGGGCACAGAGCUGUUGGAGGAGAGGAUGUUUUUGAGUGGGAACACAGCGGGCGACCUGCUGCACCUCCAGGUGCAGGCCUCCCGGGUCCGGCCUCCUGGCGCCCCCGGGACAGGCCAGCAGCUGGAGGUCCCUUAA